CACCCUGUCAACUGUUCCGCUCUCCUUGAUAUCACCCUGCCACCUAAGUCCUCGGCAGCCCCGAGAAGGGUUACGGUCUUUGUCUAGUGGGCCUGUCCCAGUGCUGCUUCUUGAGGACACUGCUUCAGCUUUUUGGACACCGCUAGGUCAAGUGCAGCUCUGCCUCCCCCCCCCCCCAAGAAGUCCUCCUGCGCCUCUACUUCAAGAAGGCUCCAGUAAAACAGAUCAACAUGGCAGACGUGGACCCCAGUGCCACUGCAUCUCAGGCUGGAGCAGAGGACGUUUCCCUUUUCAGCGUGACAGAUGUGUUUCUCUUUUCAUUUAUCGUGGGGCUCAUGACCUACUGGUUCUUCUUCAGAAAGAAAAAGGAAGAGAUCCCUGAGUUCACCAAAAUUCAGCCGCCAGUCUCUACUAAUGUCAAAGAUAACAGCUUCGUGGAGAAGAUGAAGAAAACGGGCAGGAACAUCGUUGUGUUUUAUGGCUCCCAGACGGGCACAGCUGAAGAAUUUGCUAAUCGCCUCGCCAAAGAUGCCCACCGCUAUGGAAUGCGGGGCAUGGCCGCUGACCCGGAGGAGUAUGACUUGGCGGAUUUGAGCAGCCUUCCAGAAAUAGAUAAUGCCCUGGCAUUGUUCUGCAUGGCCACGUAUGGGGAGGGGGACCCCACGGACAACGCCCAGGACUUCUAUGACUGGCUGCAAGAGACAGAUGCUGACCUCUCUGGGGUCAAAUUUGCGGUGUUUGCUCUUGGGAACAAGACCUACGAACACUUCAAUGCAAUGGGGAAAUAUGUGGACAACAGGCUGGAGCAGCUGGGCGCCCAGCGGAUAUUUGAACUAGGCUUGGGAGACGAUGACGGGAACUUGGAGGAAGAUUUUAUCACCUGGAGAGAGCAGUUCUGGCCAGCUGUCUGUGAACACUUUGGAGUAGAAGCCACUGGUGAGGAGUCCAGCAUUCGUCAGUAUGAGCUGGUGGUGCACACGGAUGAGAACAUGAACAAAGUGUAUACUGGGGAGAUGGGCCGGCUGAAGAGCUAUGAAAACCAAAAGCCGCCUUUUGAUGCCAAGAAUCCAUUCCUGGCCACUGUGACCACAAAUCGGAAGUUGAACCAGGGAGGAGAGCGGCACCUCAUGCACUUGGAGUUAGACAUCUCAAAUUCCAAAAUCAGGUACGAGUCUGGUGACCACGUCGCUGUGUACCCAGCCAAUGAUCCCACACUUGUUAAUCAGCUUGGAGAGAUCCUGGGAGCUGACCUGGACACGGUCAUAUCUCUGAACAACCUGGAUGAGGAGUCCAACAAGAAGCACCCGUUCCCCUGCCCCACCACUUACCGCACGGCGCUCACCUACUACUUGGACAUCACCAAUCCCCCCCGGACCAACGUUCUCUACGAGCUGGCGCAGUAUGCAGGCGAGCCUUUGGAACAGGAGCAGCUGCGCAAGAUGGCGUCCUCAUCCGGCGAGGGCAAGGAGCUCUACCUGAACUGGGUCGUGGAAGCCAGGAGGAACAUCCUGGCUAUUCUUCAGGACUACCCUUCGCUGCGGCCUCCCAUUGACCACCUGUGUGAGCUGCUGCCCCGUCUGCAGGCUCGCUACUACUCCAUCGCUUCCUCCUCCAAGGUUCACACCAACUCCAUUCACAUCUGUGCUGUGGUCGUGGAGUAUGAGACCAAGGCAGGCCGGGUCAACAAGGGGGUGGCUACCAACUGGCUCAGGGCCAAGGAGCCUGCCUUGGAGAACGGGCACAAGGCUACGGUGCCCAUGUUUGUGCGAAAGUCACAGUUCCGACUGCCCUUCAAGCCCACCACGCCUGUCAUCAUGAUCGGGCCGGGCACUGGCAUUGCCCCCUUUGUGGGCUUCAUCCAAGAGCGGGCUUGGCUGAAAGAACAGGGCAAGGAAGUUGGCGAGACCGUCCUGUACUAUGGCUGCCGCCGCGCCAACGAAGAUUACUUGUACCGGGAAGAGCUGGCGCAGUUCCAGAAAGAUGGUGUCCUCUCCCAGCUUAAUGUGGCCUUCUCCCGGGAGCAGCCCCACAAGGUUUACGUGCAGCACCUGAUGAAACAGAACAAGGAGCAUCUCUGGCGACUGAUGCACGAGGGCAGCGCGCACGUCUACGUGUGCGGGGAUGCACGGAACAUGGCUCGGGAGGUGCAGAAUGUGUUCUACGAGAUCGUGUCCGAGUUUGGGGGAAUGAGCCAGGCACAGGCUGUGGACUUCAUCAAGAAGCUGAUGGCUAAGGGGCGCUACUCCCUGGACGUGUGGAGCUAGGAUCCUCUCGCCCCAGCCUGGGGACUGCGAAGGGCCUUGGGCAGGAGACCUAGGGACUGGCCCCCCCCCCAGCCCAUACUGCCCUGUCCGAGUAAUCAGUCCUUUUCUCACUGCCUUCUCACUCUUACUAGGUUGUUUCCACUUGGCCUGGACAUGGGGGAGGGUGAAGGGCCAACUUUCUGUGGUAAGCCUGGUCAGGAAGGGCUGGGGGACCACCAGAGCAGAGUCCACUCGCUGCCAAGCCCUAGCUAAUGGUCACUAUUUAGCAGCCCCCAGAGUGGGCACGGGGGCAACACGGGUGCUUCUGUGCCCUUUGGGAUGUGGUGAGGGGUGAGGGUCGAGCAAAGCCUGCCUCCUAUCCCCAGGCUAUGGCCCUCUACCUCAACUCCCAAGAACCACUGGGAUUUACAGUGGGGAGCCCAGCUGCCCUUCCUUUUGGAAGACGGAAGGGAUUAGGCCAAUCCCUACCCCAGUGACUGGAGUCUAGGAUGUCUCAGGCCAGGGCUGUCCUGUGCCAAAGUGCCCACCUCCUUCACUCUGUGUAUGGAUUGGGAGUCCAGAGGCCUUUGGCCUGUCCUGACUGCUGGCAGCAGUCCAAGGCCUUGAAAGCCGCUUCUCAAUGGGUAGGUGGAGGAGGGGGGCGGUGGGACAGCCCUGGCUGGUCCUGGUGCCUCCUUCCUCCCUUUGCCUGGGUUUCCUUCCCGUUGAUCUUGGCCUCAGCCAUGAACCAGGCUUUGGAAAGAGAACGCUGGGUGUGUGCCACAGAACGUCCAAUGAGUGUAAAUAAUUUUGAAAUACUCUGACCCUUGGAAUAAGGUUUUUCCCCCCUGUAUCUGCCCUUGGUUUGGCUCGCCUCUGAGCUCUGCACCUCGUGUGGCCCGGCUGUUGCUCAUGGUGUGAAUAGGGGGUAGGAGAGGACUUUGUUAGUGAUGUUUCCCCUCGGAAAUAUUAAAUGUGAAAACUGAA